AUGGAGUCAUACGAUGUGAUCGCAAACCAGCCCGUGGUGAUUGAUAACGGCUCUGGAGUCAUUAAAGCUGGCUUUGCUGGUGAUCAGAUCCCAAAGUAUUGCUUUCCUAACUAUGUGGGGCGGGCCAAAGCAUAUUCGGGUUAUGGCUGGUGCCUUGGAAGGAGAUUUAUUUAUUGGACCAAAGGCAGAGGAACACAGAGGCUUACUAUCUAUCCGAUACCCCAUGGAACACGGCAUUGUAAAGGACUGGAAUGACAUGGAACGCAUCUGGCAGUAUGUCUAUUCAAAAGAUCAGCUGCAGACUUUUUCAGAAGAGCAUCCAGUAUUGCUAACAGAAGCUCCCUUAAAUCCCCGGAAAAAUCGCGAGCGAGCGGCAGAGGUUUUCUUUGAAACUUUUAAUGUUCCAGCUCUGUUCAUCUCCAUGCAAGCUGUGCUGAGUCUCUAUGCCACCGGGAGAACAACGGGGGUGGUUCUGGACUCUGGAGAUGGAGUAACACAUGCAGUGCCAAUUUAUGAGGGCUUUGCCAUGCCUCAUUCCAUCAUGAGGAUCGACAUUGCUGGCCGAGAUGUCUCCCGCUUCCUCCGGCUUUACUUGCGGAAAGAGGGCUACGACUUUCAUACCUCAGCUGAGUUUGAAAUAGUCAAAACUAUCAAAGAGGUUUGUACUGGCUUUUUCCAGAGUGUAGAAAGAUGUGACAGGUUGAGUAUGGGUUUGGAGCACAGUUAA